GAGAGCGCGUCGGGCGUCGAUCGCGGCGAAGACGGGGCGACGACGCGGAUCUCGGGGGAAUUCGCUCGCGCGUCUUUUCGUGACGCCCCGCGCCCCUCGCGGCGAGGAGCGCGAGAUCUUCCCGCGCGGAGAGGAUGGUGAAGUUCACCGUGGAGGCGACGCUGGCGAUGAACGCCGCGAUGUACCUCGAAGACAAGGACACCGUGGCGUACAAGACCUUCCACGCGGAUAAGCUCGGACAGCUCGAGAGCGAGAUCAUGUCGCACGAGGUCGUGAACGGCGUCGUCAAGGUUGUCGUGCGAACCGUCCCGGGGAUCCAGCUCCCGAGAGUGCUCAAGCCCGUGCUCCGCGGGAAAGACGUGGAAUUCACCGACACGCGCGCGUACCCGCUCGCGGCGAAAGGGAAGUUUCCGUUCCAGCAGUCGUUCCACACGGUAAACAACAUCACGGACCGCGCGCAGGUCAAGGGCGUGAUCACGAUAGACCGCGCGCGCCGCGCCGCGGGCGGGUCGGACGCGACGACGCUGAGAGUCGAGGGCGAGUGCGUCGUGCGAAUGGGCGUCGGCAUCAGCGGCAAGGUUGAGAAAAUAAUCGUCGACAGCAUUCGGAGAGGGUACCUCAAACUUCCCGGGAUCAUCGAGGAGUGGGCCGCGGUCAGGCACCUGCACCUGGGCGUGCGCGAGGGCGCGCGGUCGCUGUCGCGCGGGCCGGUGCCGACGGCGCCGCGGGCCAUCUCCCGCACGUCCUCGGCCGACUCGUUCAAAUCCGCGACGAGCGCCGAGCUCAGCGAGUUCGGCUCCGCGUCGUCGCAGUCCGCGCUCGCGGGCGGUCCCCAGGGUGGGUCCGGCGCGGGCGGGUCCGCGGGUUUCGUGCCCGCGCUGCCGCUGCCUCCGGCUACGCCACCGGAGCCUCCUCGAGGGCCGUCGUUCGCGCGAGGCGCGAACGAGGGCGGCGAGGCGAUACCCCUGCGCGGGUCCAUGGGCGCGGGGGCGGGGAGCUUCGCGGACGCCGCGACGCCGCUGAGCACGCGGCCGGGGGGGGGCGUGGGGUCGUCGAACCAGUCGUUGUCCGAGCUCGACGAGGACGGCGCGACGUACGAACGGUAUCACGGGUUCGCGAGUCUGGAUUUGUUGCGCGCGGGGUACGACGGGCGGAGCCCGCAGACGUUCCCGCUGUCGCCGGAGGGACCGGCGGAGCGAGGGCUCGGGAAGUUUGGCAGGGCGUUGUUUUGCGGCGGCGGCGGCGGCGGCGGCGACGCCUCGACCGGCGGCGCGGUGAGGCUGGGGGAUAACGACAUAGACAGCGCAGACGGCGACGGCGUCGCGCGCCCGAGGGUGGUGAAGCGCCGGGGGGCGACGAAACGGAGCACACGGCGACGGGGGUUCUUCCGAAAACUCUUCGCGUGUUGCUGUCGACCCGGGACGCCGCUUCUCUCGGACGGAGAGAGCGACCUCCCGAGCGAGGGCACGGGGUACUCGUCCGCGGAGGACGAGGACGAGGGGUGGACGGACCCGGACCGGGAUUCGAUGCGGACGCCGUUGAGCCCGCACCGGUCGCGGUCGCGGAUUGGGGGAUAGAAGAGCGCGCGCGCGCGGUCGACCCGAGUCGACGACGCCGGCGCGAAUAAAAUCGAGCAACGCGCAACGCAACGAACGACGCAGUCUACUAGCUUAAGCUUUGAAUAGAGAACGACGGUUCAUCACGAC